CGGAGAACUUAGACCGCGAACAACUCGGCGAACAGGACUCGUGUUGUGCAACCACCGGCUGGACGAUCCGGUGUCUUUCGCACAGCCCUCGUAUCCCCCUGCGUGUCUUCGCCAGCGUCAAUAGCGUAGACGGGACCGCAGCUGCUCCGUUUCUUCUCCUCCGCGGCUCAUUCCUUAAGACGAAUUAAGGAAGAUAUUUGGCGCUGCCGCGUGUGCCGGGCACCACUUUACGCAAAUUACGCAGCGCUCUCAGUAAUGGCGUUCGUGUAAGAGAUGCGCCUGGCUUGGGAAAAAUGAAGCGAAGGAGAAGUUGCGGCUAUUAAACAAGCGCUGGGGUUUCCAUUCGUGGACUUCGGGUCAAGGGAAGCGACGUUUCAAAGAAGUUCGGGUGAAAGUUGCUGUCCCCGGAGCCCCGAAAUGAUGAAGCUGAAGUCAAACCAGACGCGGACGUACGAUGGCGAUGGCUACAAGAAGCGGGCCGCAUGUCUGUGUUUCAGGAGCGAGAGUGAGGAGGAGGUGUUGCUGGUGAGCAGCAGCCGACAUCCCGAUAAGUGGAUUGUUCCCGGAGGGGGGAUGGAGCCGGAAGAGGAACCGAACGUUGCUGCCGUUCGAGAAGUUUGCGAAGAGGCUGGGGUUAAGGGAACAUUAGGACGACUAGUAGGCAUAUUUGAGAACCGAGACCGGAAACACAGGACAUAUGUAUAUGUCCUUAUUGUCACGGAGGUUCUGGAGGACUGGGAAGACUCCGUCAACAUUGGGAGAAAAAGGGAAUGGUUUAAAAUAGAUGAUGCCCGGCAGGUGCUACAGUGCCACAAGCCUGUGCAGGCCUCCUACUUCGAAGCACUGCAGCAGGGCUGCCUGACCAGCAACGGGACACCCUUGGUGGCCACAAUAGCUGGAGACAUAUCCCCGCCCUACAGCAUCAGUCAGAGCUCCGUGUCAGGUGUCAGAUAACCAGGACACCACAAGGGCACAUCCUUUCCCAGAGCUUUGACGAUGCCACAUUUUUCUUUCUUAUUUCUUUCUUCUGUCAGCCCCGAUGCUGCCUCCCUCUCCGUGGUGACAAAGACAAAAAAUACGGUUUGCCUUGCCAGCCUUUUGUGUCAGAAUGGUGGCACAGACUUGACAAGCUGGGCAAAAGUAAUUCCCCCCCACUUUUUCUUAUGAAUGAUUGCAUGAAAAUCUCCUCUGUUCUUUCCUUUUCCAAGAUAUCAGAUUUUUCAAAUGCAAAAAUUACUUUUUACUGUUGUGAUGUAAAAAUAUGUAUAGUGCUUACAUUCAAGGCCGUUAAGAGUCUUUUAAUGUUGUCUUUUUGUUUUUUUUGUUUUUUUUUUGUGCAUUUUCCACUCUUCCUUCCUUACAGGUAAUGGAGAUGUAUUGCAGGCGUGUCAAACUUAAGUUUCUAGCUUGCCAUAUGAAUUCCGAAUUCCAUACUAAACCCAUUUCACUAGAUGAAUUGGUUGAAUAGUGUUUUAUUUUAAGUAUUGAUAAAAUUCCCUAGAAGUAAAGCAUUGCCAUAGCCUGAACACAUUGUGAAAGGGCUGCAGUCCUCAGAUUACCUUGGCUGUUGUUUCAUAUAUGCAACAAAAAAAAGCUAAACUAAAUAAUGAAGCAUGGACAUUUCAACAAAUUACACACAAUAUCAUCAAAGAAGCAUGAACUCAAUCAGAACAGGACCAUUUGUGGGCCACAUUUAUUUGAUAUGAGCACUGGUAUUUGUCUUACAAGCAUAAGUGUUGUAACUGGAAAAGUUUAAACAAUUUGAUAAUGGAGCCAUUACUUUACCAAAUGACACCAUUUGGAGGGGUGGUGUAAUGUUACCAGUGAGUUUAGAUUUCAGGUUUUUUUUUUUUCUCCUUUCUCUUUUCCCCCCCCUCAGUCCUAACUAUAAUGCUAGCCAUAUAGAAGUGGACCCGUGAGUUGAAAUUGGCCUCUGUUGGUUGUGAGUGAAAUAAAGUGGAGGACUGGUAAUUUAAUUAUGGUUUUUAUAACCAAGUGGAAUGCAGGUUUUUCUGAAUUCAUUGUAUUUGGUAAUCGGAGAGGUGAAAUUGACCUCAGUCUUUGCACUAAACAUUGUGAGACCAAUGAAAUUGAGAAUGGCAAAUGUAUUUCUCAUGAAAAAUACUGGCAACCCUCGCGUCACAAAAUUAGCCUUCCUGAUAAGGGUGGGCAUAUUGAGAUUUUGGAUACUGAACACCUAUUUCCUGUUAAAUAGGCAAAAAUAAUGUUCCCAGCACAUCCAAAAACCGCAAACAAAUUCACCCAAAUAUAAUUAGAACACCAUAAAACACCUAUAUAAUUAUCAACCCAUGACUAUAGAAUACAUUUGCAGUUACCUUUGUUUAGCAGAUUUUUUUUUUUCCUCCCCCCCCCC